AUGCCUGAACCUGCCAAGUCCGCGCCCAAGAAGGGCUCCAAGAAAGCUGUGACCAAGACCGCCGGGAAAGGCGGCAAGAAGAGGAGAAAGAGCAGGAAGGAGAGCUACGCCAUCUACGUGUACAAGGUGUUGAAGCAGGUCCACCCCGACACCGGCAUCUCCUCCAAGGCCAUGGGCAUCAUGAACUCGUUCGUCAACGACAUCUUUGAGCGCAUCGGCUCCGAAGCGUCUCGUCUGGCUCACUACAACAAACGCUCCACCAUCACCUCCAGGGAGAUCCAGACCGCCGUGCGCCUCCUGCUGCCCGGGGAGCUGGCCAAGCACGCCGUGUCCGAGGGAACCAAGGCCGUCACCAAGUACACCAGCUCCAAGUAGACCAAGACCCGAUACAAACCAACGGCUCUUUUAAGAGCCACACACCCAAUCUGCAGAGCUCGUUAUCCUCCCUUUUUUUGGGGGUAAAUCCCCCAGUACUGAGCAAAAAAUCAGAGUGUGAGUAAAUGAUAAAACCAUUAAAAUAAAUGAGAAUAAACAAAAAUAAGUAGUUCCUACCAGCAGCAUGUCAUUUAGACCAAAUCUGAAUAGUUUACUUUUGUCCGUAUUUUUGUUAGUGAUAUACAUUACCACAAAUGAC